UAAUAUAUAUGGGACCGCGAGAGCCAACUCUUCACUAACGUUGCGAAUCGUGAACGAAGAACUUCUUCACUGUCCUUCAAAGCGAAUUUUUCAAGCGAACAAAGAAAGAAAAGCAAAGAUGGCCAAAGCACCCGCAGUUGGUAUUGAUCUCGGCACCACUUACUCCUGCGUUGGAGUAUUCCAGCAUGGAAAGGUGGAAAUCAUCGCCAACGAUCAAGGAAAUCGUACAACACCCAGCUAUGUUGCAUUUACAGACACCGAACGGUUAAUCGGUGAUGCUGCCAAAAAUCAAGUCGCCAUGAACCCCAACAACACCAUCUUCGAUGCGAAACGCCUUAUUGGACGUCGUUUCGAAGACCCCACAGUUCAAGCCGAUAUGAAACAUUGGCCGUUCACCGUAAUAAACGAUGGUGGCAAGCCUAAGAUUCAAGUACAUUACAAAGGAGAGGCGAAGACUUUCUUCCCUGAAGAAGUGAGUUCAAUGGUCCUGGUAAAAAUGAAGGAAACUGCUGAGGCGUACCUCGGGAAGACCGUCACCAAUGCUGUGAUCACUGUACCUGCCUACUUCAACGACUCGCAGCGUCAGGCAACCAAGGACGCUGGUACCAUCUCGGGCUUGAACGUUUUACGUAUCAUCAACGAGCCCACCGCUGCUGCCAUUGCUUAUGGCUUGGAUAAGAAAACCACCAAUGAGCGCAACGUCCUAAUCUUUGAUCUUGGCGGUGGCACCUUCGAUGUCUCUAUCCUGACCAUCGAGGAUGGCAUUUUCGAGGUCAAGUCUACAGCAGGAGACACUCAUCUUGGCGGCGAAGACUUCGACAACCGAAUGGUGAAUCAUUUCGUUCUGGAAUUCAAACGGAAAUACAAAAAAGACCUCACCUCGAACAAGCGUGCCCUUCGUCGUCUAAGAACGGCUUGCGAACGUGCGAAACGCACCUUGUCUUCGUCCACUCAAGCUAGCAUCGAGAUCGAUUCGCUCUAUGAGGGAAUCGAUUUCUAUACUUCGAUCACCAGGGCUCGUUUCGAAGAGCUCUGCGCUGAUCUAUUCAGAGGAACGUUAGAGCCAGUGGAGAAAUCACUGCGCGAUGCUAAGAUGGAUAAAGCUCAAAUUCACGACAUCGUAUUGGUUGGUGGAUCAACACGUAUCCCAAAGAUUCAGAAACUGCUUCAAGAUUUCUUCAACGGAAAGGAGCUGAACAAAUCCAUUAACCCUGACGAGGCUGUGGCUUACGGAGCCGCCGUGCAAGCUGCAAUUCUGCACGGUGACAAAUCCGAGGAAGUACAAGAUCUUUUGCUUCUCGACGUUACACCUUUGUCUCUUGGUAUCGAAACUGCUGGUGGUGUCAUGACCGCCCUCAUCAAGAGAAAUACAACCAUUCCAACCAAACAAACGCAAACCUUCACCACAUACGCUGAUAACCAACCAGGUGUAUUGAUCCAAGUAUAUGAAGGAGAGCGUGCAAUGACGAAAGACAACAACCUGUUAGGUAAAUUCGAGCUCAGUGGUAUUCCACCAGCUCCCCGGGGAGUUCCUCAAAUCGAAGUCACAUUUGACAUUGAUGCGAACGGUAUCCUGAACGUCUCGGCAGUGGACAAAUCGACCGGUAAGGAGAACAAAAUCACCAUCACCAAUGACAAGGGCCGUCUCAGUAAGGAAGACAUUGAAAGGAUGGUCAACGAAGCUGAGAAGUAUCGUAGCGAAGAUGAAAAGCAAAAGGAAACAAUCGCUGCUAAGAAUAGUCUCGAGUCUUACUGCUUCAACAUGAAGAGUACAGUGGAAGAUGAGAAGCUGAAGGAUAAGAUCAGCGCUAGUGACAAACAGGUUGUGUUGGACAAAUGCAACGACAUUAUCAAGUGGCUGGACGCCAAUCAGCUGGCUGAUAAAGAAGAAUACGAACACAAGCAGAAAGAAUUGGAAGCUAUUUGCAACCCUAUUGUCACGAAGUUGUAUCAAGGAACUGGCGGUAUGCCCGGUGGAAUGCCUGGUGGCUUCCCAGGUGCAGGUGGUGCUGCUCCAGGUGGCGGUGCUCCUGGUGGUGGCGCAUCUGGACCUACCAUCGAGGAAGUCGACUAAAAUGUGUUCUCGCUUGCCACUGCCUUCUCCAUGAUCUAUCGAUUUCAUGCAAGGCGAAAACGGCGAGGAUUGAAGAACAUAGAAUUAUUACAGCUACGGUCUUUUGUUCCUCAGUAUAAUUUAACUUAUUCUUUUUUAGAUGUCAUUUUUCUAUGUUAAUAAUAUAAAAAUAAACAAUUUAUUUACUUUACUUCCCAGGUAAACUAGGAGAAUAAUAUGUUUUGUUAAAUUAUUUUCUACUGAUUGGAAUAUGUGAAAAAUAUAACUUUAAUUGUUGUACUUAUAUGCGAAUGAGAUUUUUUGGGUACAAGAUCUGCUGUUGAUUUUCUAUGUUCGAGAACUUCGAAAAAAUAAAACAAUCCCUUGAAACAUA